AUGGACGCACUCCAGUACGGCACCGAAGUUUACGCGGUAAGUGAAGUGGCUUCGUCAGUAAGGGGAUACCAAGCGGCAAGGUUCACGGCGCAGGAGUUGCUACGUGAUGGCCUAAUGGUGCCAGACAAGGUGAAGGGAAAGCUUCACAAGCUCAUGGUCAGACCGGCGAUGUUAUAUGGCUUGGAGACGGUCCCUCUAACAAAGUCGCAGGAAGGGGAACUAGAGGUGGCAGAGAUGAGGAUGAUGAGAUAUGAAGUCGGAGUAACUAGGUUGGACAAGAUCAAGAAUGAGACUACAAGAGAAAUACUAGGAAUUGAGCGAUACGGUGAAAAGAUCCGGGAGAGUCGACUUAGUUGGUUCGGGCAUGAGUAUAGGAGGGAUGAGACUGAUCUUCGCGAAACAGCUUCGUCGAACAGAGAGAUUGCUCAGCUGACUCUAUUCGCUGAGAUGAAGAGGCCUCCAGCACGCAGGUGGUCCUGGUUUCUGGUUUAUAAUUUUCCGUGUAGCACAGCGUUCAUCCUCAAUGGAUUUUCUGAUACUAUCGACAUCUUUAGUGAUGGAGGCUGCCGGAACACGAGCGGAGGCCGAACACAGACUGGAACUGUGGCGACAUACCCUGGAAAGACGCGGCAUGAGAGUUCAACCAUACAAGAAGAUGGGGGCACCGAGCAGGAAAUAGCGAGGAGAAUCCAGUCGGGAUGGAAUAGUUGGAAGAAGAUCACCGGAGUUGUAUGUGACCGCAAGGUGCCAGACAAGGCGAAGGAAAAGCUUCACAAGCUCAUGGUCAGACCGGCGAUGUUAUAUGGCUUGGAGACGGUCCCUCUAACAAAGUCGCAGGAAAGGGAACUAGAGGUGGCAGAGAUGAGGAUGAUGAGAUAUGAAGUCGGAGUAACUAGGUUGGACAAGAUCAAGAAUGAGACUACAAGAGAAAUGCUGGGAAUUGAGCGAUACGGGGAAAAGAUCCGGGAGAGUCGACUGGUUCGGGCAUGGGUAUAG